AUGAGUGCUCAGAAUCUGACGCAGCAGUUGAUUUCUGGGUACCACAGCAAUCUCCCGUCGUCUCCGACUCUGAAUUCGUCGUCGUCGUCGUUUGGGCUCGAUCAUUCUAUGGCGAAGGCCAUCAUGAACUCGAGGUCCGCUGCGUUUGCGCAGAGAAGCCAGAGCUUUAUCGACCGUGGUGCGGUUAAUCGCCUGUCCGGCGGUUUCUCUGCAUCUCCGGCGACUGCUGGAAUGGGUUUGACUAAUUGGGGCUCGCCGGAUGGGAAACUGGAUUGGGGGAUUCAAGGAGAGGAGCUGAACAAACUGAGGAAGUCUGCUUCGUUUGGGUUCAGAAAUAACCAGUCUCUUUCGCCUCCGAGGGCUCCGGCGCCUGCGGAGGCUUUCAAUGAGCCUGACCUCUCUUGGGUUCAGUCCCUGGUGAAGGAUGGGGAGUUCAUGUCCUCUCCGUGGGGGGAGGAGCAGAUGGUGGCUUGAGAAUCGGGGAGGAAUUCAAAAAUCGACAACUGAUCUGACUGUUAAAUUCUUUCGUGAUGCUAUUCGUUUGUUCUUGAUUCAGGAUUAUAUGUAGAUUUUAGAUUGGGGGCUGUCGCAGAUGCCCGAAGGGAGUCUGAAUCGAUGGACGCUGUCUACACAGUUCUUUCAUUUUUAUAUAUAUAUAUUUUAUAUAUAUAGCUUCAUAUAGUAGGAGGAGGAAGAGGAGAGAAUAAGUUCUAGAGAUGUGUAAGCUUUUAAAUCUUUGAUUGGGUCUUUUGCUUGAAGGCCUUCGAGAGAUUAUGUUCACCUAGCUCUUUGCUCUUGCUUGAGCUUUAUAUAGCAAGAGAUUGUACAAAAUAUCUAGUAAGUUGGUAUAUCGUAAUCUCUAUUGUUCGUUUCUUGAUUCAUUGCAAGCAUAUAUUAUGUAUAAUGCUUUUAGAGUUGAUAUUCAAGUCUAAUGUAUAAGGGCAUAUUUGUUUGUUCUUGUUCCAUCCGAGUACAUGUAUAACAUUGAA